CAAAUCUAAAUGGCUUUGAAGUUUUAUGGAUUUGAGGAUUUUUCUUCCGAAAAAUUGCUUUAGUUUUGAGCUUGAUAAAUUCAGCCAUUAAUUCAUCAUUUUAACGAGUUGAAGUUUUUUUCUCGAUCAUCAUUUUUUUUGAAGUAUAAGAUGUUGAUUUUUGAAAGUUCUACUUAAAUUUCAAACAAACAGUAGCUAAUUUCAAUUUUUGCUUCCUUCUGGUAGACAAAAAAAAUCGGCAUCUGUUAUACAAUUCUUUCACUUUUGCUCAGUCUGUAAUUCACCGCAGUUCAGAAGGUAUAAAAGCAGUCAUCUGUAAAGUAAACCUCCUCAUACUUACGUAAUUUCAAGUGGAUUACGUCAAUAUCUGCUACCGAUUGAAUGAGUUUUAAAGGCUUAUGAUUGUUCAUUCAAGUACGGGUACCUGGAAAACUGAUUCUUAUUUCAGAGAUUAAUGGUAUUACCUAGACAAAUUAAUCGGCUGGUUUUUUUCUGGCGAUAAAUAUUAAUUAAAAUGGGUGGAGCUUUGCACAGUUCGUUAUCUUCAACCUUCGAUUUGGACGAAUCGGACGCAAUUGAAGACAACGACACGAGUGCCUACGUGGACUCGCUAACCUUCAGUCCGAACCACGGUAGAAAUCUGCAGCUGUCUAAAAACUGCUUAGUAGCCCGUCGGCUACCAGGCAACUUCUGCAACGCAAUUGUAUUCACUGAACAACCUGUGAACGCAUUUGGAGUCACGAUAAAGCUGAACAAAGUCGCCACCCAAUGGAGUGGCUAUCUUAGAGUCGGAUUCACGUCCAGAGACCCUUCAAGGCUCAAUCCAAAAUCACUCCCCAAAUCUCUGGUUCCGGAUCUCUGUUCCAAGAAAGGAUACUGGGCUAAAUCAUUGGACUAUGAGAAUCUUUCGAGCGGUGAUGUAAUUCAUGUGUGGGUUGAUUCGACUGGGCUUGCGAAGUAUACGGUCAAUUCGCACGUGCCUGGGAGGGAAGCGUGUCGAGUGUUCCUGGAGAAACUUCCGAUUGGAGACUAUCUGUGGGCGGUUUUUGAUGUGUAUGGAAAUUGCACCGAGGUUGAAAUUUUGCCAAACCCAGGGCCAAGAAACGUCUGCGACCAAUCACCUUUUCACCCUCUAGCUACAAGCCAUCAUCAUCACUCUUUAGACAACAGUGACCAACACCAAAUUGAACACACAUCAAACGCGGCCGCUUUAUUUGCUAACAACCUCCUCAUUCGAUUAGGGUCUAGUCUCAUUUUACCGAAUGACCUUUUUGAUAUCUAUUUCCACCCCACUUGUGGGUCAAAGGUCACUUUAUCGCAAUGCUCGACCGUUGCUUUACGUGACCCAGAUUCAUACCAUAACGGUUUAGUGUUUAUAAAUUCACCUUUGUUGUGCAACACGACGUAUUUGUUCACAAUCGCGGAGAAGUCGGAACGAUGUCUGGGCAAUUUGAGACUCGGAGUUACAGAUUUGAACCCCAAAACCCUGGCUGAAAAACCAAAUCCAUGGCCUGCAGAUUCGAUUGAUUUUGCAUGUGCGCGAGAAACUGAAUUUUGGGACGUUCGUCAAGUCGUUCAAACGUGUAAUAUUGGCGACGUUGUUGCUGUUUUUGUGACUAAAUUAUCAAAAAGAACGAAUCAAAGAGUAGUCAUGUAUAAUAUAAUUCGACCAAAAAGAGUGUCGGCUGUUUGCACCGAGGAUGCAAAUCAACGGAACUCUGGUUGGACAAAACUCUGUGACGUCACUCCUUCUACGGGACAACUGUGGCUGUUGAUCGACUUGUUCGGAAAGACGAAUUCAGUGGCAUUGAUAGGAAUGACUUCUCAGUUGCGACCAGAAACGGAUGCUGCCCUCUGUUCGCCUACAGGAACUGGACAAACUUUGACCUCUGCUGGUGAACUUAAUUCUGAACCUAAUUCGUCAACAAUAGAAGCAGUUAAAGAGACAGACGAUUCAGACAGCCUAAACACAGAAUGUGCAGUUUGCAUGCAUUUCAACAGUGAUACAGUUAUCUACGAUUGCGGACAUUGCUGUUUGUGUUACAGCUGUGCUCAUGAUUUGUUAAGACUUAAGCACCAGUGUCCAAUUUGCAGAAGACCGAUUAAAGAUGUAAUCAAAGUGUUCUACGACGCAAUUGAAGACAACGACACGAGUGCCUACGUGGACUCGCUAACCUUCAGUCCGAACCACGGUAGAAAUCUGCAGCUGUCUAAAAACUGCUUAGUAGCCCGUCGGCUACCAGGCAACUUCUGCAACGCAAUUGUAUUCACUGAACAACCUGUGAACGCAUUUGGAGUCACGAUAAAGCUGAACAAAGUCGCCACCCAAUGGAGUGGCUAUCUUAGAGUCGGAUUCACGUCCAGAGACCCUUCAAGGCUCAAUCCAAAAUCACUCCCCAAAUCUCUGGUUCCGGAUCUCUGUUCCAAGAAAGGAUACUGGGCUAAAUCAUUGGACUAUGAGAAUCUUUCGAGCGGUGAUGUAAUUCAUGUGUGGGUUGAUUCGACUGGGCUUGCGAAGUAUACGGUCAAUUCGCACGUGCCUGGGAGGGAAGCGUGUCGAGUGUUCCUGGAGAAACUUCCGAUUGGAGACUAUCUGUGGGCGGUUUUUGAUGUGUAUGGAAAUUGCACCGAGGUUGAAAUUUUGCCAAACCCAGGGCCAAGAAACGUCUGCGACCAAUCACCUUUUCACCCUCUAGCUACAAGCCAUCAUCAUCACUCUUUAGACAACAGUGACCAACACCAAAUUGAACACAUAUCAAACGCGGCCGCUUUAUUUGCUAACAACCUCCUCAUUCGAUUAGGGUCUAGUCUCAUUUUACCGAAUGACCUUUUUGAUAUCUAUUUCCACCCCACUUGUGGGUCAAAGGUCACUUUAUCGCAAUGCUCGACCGUUGCUUUACGUGACCCAGAUUCAUACCAUAACGGUUUAGUGUUUAUAAAUUCACCUUUGUUGUGCAACACGACGUAUUUGUUCACAAUCGCGGAGAAGUCGGAACGAUGUCUGGGCAAUUUGAGACUCGGAGUUACAGAUUUGAACCCCAAAACCCUGGCUGAAAAACCAAAUCCAUGGCCUGCAGAUUCGAUUGAUUUUGCAUGUGCGCGAGAAACUGAAUUUUGGGACGUUCGUCAAGUCGUUCAAACGUGUAAUAUUGGCGACGUUGUUGCUGUUUUUGUGACUAAAUUAUCAAAAAGAACGAAUCAAAGAGUAGUCAUGUAUAAUAUAAUUCGACCAAAAAGAGUGUCGGCUGUUUGCACCGAGGAUGCAAAUCAACGGAACUCUGGUUGGACAAAACUCUGUGACGUCACUCCUUCUACGGGACAACUGUGGCUGUUGAUCGACUUGUUCGGAAAGACGAAUUCAGUGGCAUUGAUAGGAAUGACUUCUCAGUUGCGACCAGAAACGGAUGCUGCCCUCUGUUCGCCUACAGGAACUGGACAAACUUUGACCUCUGCUGGUGAACUUAAUUCUGAACCUAAUUCGUCAACAAUAGAAGCAGUUAAAGAGACAGACGAUUCAGACAGCCUAAACACAGAAUGUGCAGUUUGCAUGCAUUUCAACAGUGAUACAGUUAUCUACGAUUGCGGACAUUGCUGUUUGUGUUACAGCUGUGCUCAUGAUUUGUUAAGACUUAAGCACCAGUGUCCAAUUUGCAGAAGACCGAUUAAAGAUGUAAUCAAAGUGUUCUACGGCUGAAAAUUGUCGAACUUGAUAGAACUUUGAAUUUCUUUUCGUAAUCAAUUUUAAAUGUCUAUCAUCAUUAUGCUGCCAAAAGUAUAUAAGUUUGACAUUAAAUGUUGAAUGUAUAAUAGCAGUUCGCUCUGUAAAUCAAUGUAUCAUUAUUCACGCAAUAUCAGUGCAAUUUAAACUAUUUAAAGUUAUUUUUAAACCCUGCGUCAUAAGGAGUUAACGGCCCCAUGUGAAUAAUCCCCCCUACAUCCCCUAUAUAUACCAAUUGAACAAUCUGCCCCACAUUAAAUUGAGUGGCCAGUUGCAGCUGUAAGGCCUGCUCGUACUAUGCUCAAAUUUGAUGCGCUGAAAAGUAUUUGCUUUUAACCAAGUGAACGAUUUCUCCCCUAAAAUGAUUUAGAGGGCAGAUUGAUCACUUGUUCGUUUUUACUGAGA